GUAGUUGAAGUAUGUAAUCUGGCCUGUGGUUGCAGCAGAGAGGCGUUCAGUCUCACAGAAAUCAUGCGCGAAGAAGAAGAGUCCCAGCGUCUCCAACCAGAGGCACGUGCGGUUGUAACAAAGUGCUGACAAAAUCCAAACUUUCGUGUUAAAGCUGCAGUUUUCUACUCAGGAUGGAUGACGAACACACGGCCGAGUACACGGUGCCCUGUGCCCAGUGUUCAGCAGUGGACUGGGGCAUUUCGGACGAGGGUCGCUUCUACUGCAGGUCCUGCCACAACGUGAUCGAGAGGACCCGGGAGGUGGUGGACCUGUCCUUCUUAAAGUUGUCCAGCAGGGUGUCGACCAUCAGAGGACCCCGCAAGAAGCAGGCCGAGCGUGGUCACGUGUGGAUGGUCUGCGAGGGUUUCCAGUUCAUCCUGAAGAACCAGGCCGAUGCUCUGCUCGCGCUUGGAGUCCAUCCUCAAUUUAAGGAUGAUGUGCUGUGUCCUCUGUGGAGGUGUUACCUGCAGAAAAGUCGCCAGGCCUACACCCACGACCCCGUGAGGAGCUGCAAGUUCAGAGUGAGAGCUGUGGGCUCUGACUUGGAGAGCGCCAGCGAGGGGAUCAGCUGCACAGAUGGCGAGUCGAACCCAGCAAGCACGGCGGGCUCAAACACAGAGAAUUCUGGUUUUUGGUCCGGCUCCUCGGACACCCUCACCUACCUGUCGGCCAGGAAGAAGCGGAGCCAGAGUCUGCUGAGCAUGAAGAAGACACUGUCUCUGAUCUACCUAGCUCUGGUGUGGAGCCGUGAGGCGCUGACGCUCAGCGACCUGCUCAGGCUUGUGAAUGAGGGUCACAUCCCGUACUUGAACGCCUAUGAGCAGCUUCCCGAGGAGAUGAAAGUCACGGGGAAGGACUCCCUCAUCUUUGUAGUUGAGACGGUCCCGUCUCAUCACGCCGUUCAUAAAGAGGCCGAGACUCUCAUUCAGUUCCUGCAGCUGCCUGCUUUUCCUCCAAUCAGUCAGCAGACCCUGCUGCACCCGGCGCUGCUCAGCCUCAGAUACCUGUCCGAUGUCAACCUGCCCGAUGAGCUCCACCCCUGGGUCUGCAGGCUGUUGGAGCACACCGGUAUGAUGGAUCAAACGCUCCACACAUUUGACCCCCGCAAUCACCCCACCCUGCCACGGUAUGACGUGCAAGCCGCUGCCCUCAUCAUCGUCACUCUGAAGCUGUUCUUUUGCCUGGACGACAUGACCGAGUGGCAUCUGUCCAAUGAUCUUGGACGACAGAAGGACUCAGGUAAGGUGUUUAACCUGAGGAGGUGGUACAAAGUGAUGCAGGCCGCUCUGAUUCGAGCUCAAGAGAGGAGAGACCAGAAUGUCUCCAGGAAGCAGUGGAAGUCAAAGAAACAAAUUUACCCAAACAAGAAAGAAAAGUGUUCGAUGAUUAAAAAAAAAAGAAUUGCAGAGCAGGUCCAGCUGUGUUUCGAGAAGCUGACUUCCUGUCCAUCGGGGCUCCAGGACGUAGGACCAUCGAGCUUCAUAUUCUGCUGGGGGGACGAGGAGGAAUCAGACGGUCCCAGUCUGCACCACAUGAAGCUGGACGAGGUCGUGACCCGUAGAUACGACUUCCUGACUCCGCUGAACGACAUAUACUGGCACCCGGCGCUCAGACGCUGCUUGUGCUACAACAGUCAUUACAAGGAGGUGGAGGCAACGCUGCCACGCUCCUUCAUCUGGCUGCUGCAGCUUUUCGCCUUCAUGUUGGACGUGAAGCCGUUUUGCCUCUAUGAGGAGGUCCUGAGUGUGGAGAGGAGGAUCUUUGACACCAGACUGUACAGAGGGAAGAGCAAGGCCAAUGCCGGGUCUUCGGCUGAGACCGCCGGGGCUUCACCCGAGGCCCAGGCUUCACUCAACACCCGGACGUCACCAAGGAGGACCCGGACAUCACCCAGGACGGCUGAGGCUUCAGUCGGGACCUGGGCUUCACACAGGAAGCGGCAGCGAAGUAGGAAGAGCUGAGAACUUGCAGCAUCUGUGGGACAUUUGGCUGUUUCUGCUACCUCCGUGUUUUUGUUUAAACCAAAGACAUUUUUAAUAAACCUAAAAGGGCUGCUCUUGUCUUUGAUUAAUUGCAUUAAAACUGAUUUUUCUGUCAAUAGGAAGAAAAUUUGAUCAGAGCGUUUCCUAAAAAGGAGAGAGAUCUCUCUAAAGGAGGAAAAGAUUUGUAGUUUGAACAACAGGAUCUGAUGGAGAGUCGCAGCAUCGGGUUGGGAAUGGUAUCUGCAGGCGGGGAGCACGCAGUACCUGGAAGACUAAUGGAUGUGUGGCAUGUGAUGAGGGUGUAGUUCUGCGUGUGUGUGGAUGGAGCUGGAAAAGCUUUUAAAUUGUGUAGAUUUAAAGUUGUUAAACUUGCUGUCCUGAAUAUUUGAGCAGACUGUGUGACUCUCCAGGGGACUGCCCUGUGUGCCGUGGAUGAACAGGAGUGCUGCACUGACUAAGAGUGACCAGCAGGAGGUGAUGUUCAAUCACACUAAUGGAGAGCAGCCUGUUACAGGUAGCACACACUGAAACUGCUGAGGUCCAUUACAGCAGCAGCGCCGAGCAGCUGGCCAGAUGUUUGUGGAAAAGUUGAGCUCAGAGCUUCUUUUGGCUGCUUGAUUCUGUGGCUCCUCCUCCUCCCUCUGCAGCUGAAUGUUUUUUGGGCGAGUUUGAGAUCUUCUGGCUUCAGAAGCUAGAAAACAGCUUGCGGUUGUAGUAUGAAGGGUGGAGGCAGCUGUAGUUUAGAGGAGCUAAGGACUUAUUUACCUCAGCUGACCUCCAUCUGACACAGGGUGACCUUUACUUCAUGUACAGUCUGCUAAUAUAUCUUGACUUGAUUGAAAUGAUUGUGAACAGCUGUCUCUGCUGCUGGGCAGAUGGCGGCAGCAGCAGCAGAAACAGCUGUACUAACCCUAACUGUUGACCAACCAAAGGUUAAAGGUGAAGCAGUGUUUCAGGUCUUACUCUGGUCUGUUACUUGUGUCAGUCCUGAGGAAGCGGAACUGCUCACCUCUGGUUUCCACCUGCAGAAGAAGAAACUGUGGCCAACACGUGACCUUUUGUAAUGUUUUCUUACUAUAAACCCCUGAAUUGUGCAGGUUUAGCUCAUAACUUAUCUUUGUGUUUAUAUGUGUAAAAACCACAACCAAUAUAGUCUUCACUCUCACAACGUCAUACAAAUGAUUUUUUUUUUCUUAAAAUCAAAACAGAACAUGGGAAAAGAGACUUUGAAAUACGCUGUGCCUGUUUCUUGGAAUUAUCUAUAGAAGGA